AGUUACAAGUUACAUGUCUUUGGAGUGGGAAGCUGUUCAACAGCUCCAACCUUCCAUGGUAAAAUCUUUCUUUUGGGUUAUCCACGAUGUCUCCUGUAGCGGGAAAAAAGGCCGCAGCUCCGGCCACAGGUAAGAAAACGGCAACUGCUACUUCUGGAGCUGCCAAAACUCCAAGUACAGCAUCAGCAAAACCUCAAGCAGCUGCCACAGGCAAGAAACCAGCUGCUGCAGCUCCUGCUGCCUCAGCAAAAAAACCUGCAGCACCAGCUGCAACACAGCCUGCUGCAGCCAAGAAGGCGCCAGCAGCUGCAGCUCCUGCCAGUGGCAAGAGACCAGCAACUGCUGCUGCUCCAGCACCUCCGAAGAAGCAGGCUGCUGCAGCCCCCACUGCGACCAAGCCAACAUCGGCCACAGCCAAAGGAGCACCUGCAGCUGGUAAAGCUGGCAAAGCAGCACCGGCUACUGGUAAGGGCGCACCUGCUGCAGCAAAGGGAGCACCAGCUCCAGCUAAGGGUGCACCAGCAGCGGCUAAGACAGCACCAGCUGCAGCCAAACCAGCACCAACAAAAACACCAGCUGCUGCACCUGCAGCAAAAACAGCUCCAAAGGCAGCUGUCCCUGCAAAGAAGCCUGCGGCUGCACAGAAGAAAGCCGCAUUACAUGCAGUAAAAAAACCACCUCAGGGAAUGAAAAAACAAAGUAUUCGUGGGAAAGGUCAGAAGAAGAAAAAAGUUUCCCUGAAGUUUAUCAUUGAUUGCACUCAUCCAUUUGAAGACAACAUUAUGGAUGUUGCUAAUUUUGAAAAGUACUUGCAGGAGAGAAUCAAAGUUAAUGGGAAAACCAACAAUUUUGGUAAUGCUGUCAGUUUAGAAAGGGUCAAAAUGAAACUGGCUUUAAAUUCUGAUAUUCCUUUUUCAAAAAGGUACCUUAAAUACCUUACAAAGAAAUACCUGAAGAAAAACAAUCUCAGAGACUGGUUGAGAGUAGUAGCUAGUGGUAAAGAUACCUAUGAACUUAGGUACUUCCAGAUCAACAGUCAAGAUGAUGAAGAUGAUGAGGAUAACGAUUAAGGUGAAAUUUUAUUCACAACCUUGUAUUUAUACUAAUUUGUGAAUUUGUUACGGAACCAAUAAAACAAUUUUGUUGGAUUCUUGUA